AUGGAUAAUAAUAAAAGGUAUGUUGUAGAAGAACUCAAAGCAUUAUGUUGUAAAGAAAAAUUUCGUAAAGAAACCGAAUUUAAUAGGGGCAUUUCGUUUUCAAUACUAAAAGAGCAAAGAACGGUCAUCGAAAGUCAUCGAGCAUCCAAACUAGGAAAGCAUAUCAAAAUUAUGCAACAGAAAAGGAACCCUAAUCAUUUGGCAUAG